UGCAUUCGCAAAAUCUGAUUAGGGGAACAAGACUGUAUGAGGCGCAUUCCUCUUGCCUAGGUUUUGCUGACGCAUUCCAGAUAUUACAACAACGCCUGGAUAUGUAUUUUACGUAAUUCCGGAAGCAUUUCUCAGGUCUGUGUAGUAGUGGGGACUUAUUUAGUAGUUACACCAUGGAGUCCUGCUGUGAAAACGUGAAAGCUGUCAGGAGAAGUAAAGAGGAGAAGAAACUUCUCCGAAAGCAAAUCAAAGCCAGUCAUACUUUACUGAAACAUGAGGGUAUAAGCACAGUAUCACAGCCCACCAAGAGCCUGGUGGUGGCUAAUGGUGGGCUAGGUAACGGUGUGAGCCGUGAGCAGCUCCAGGACGUGCUGGGAGAGGUCGGCGAGGUGGAAAUCCUGGUUAUGCCCCCACACAAACCCUACGCCCUAGUGACCUACAGGUCAGAGGUCAGCGCCCAGAGAGGACACGCCCUCAACGGACGACAGCUGCAGCGUGGGGACCAGAUUGUCACACUGUACCUGAGCUAUGUCAACACAGUGGACAGUGAGUUGUGGGGGUGUGUGGACCUCCCCCCAGGGUUGGUGCUGGUUGAGGAGUUUGUGUCUCCAGAGGAAGAGGCUCUCCUGCUGGAUGCUAUAGACUGGACGUCCCACGAUGAGGAUGUCACUGUGCAGAAAGUCCUGAAGCACAGGAGAGUGAAGCAUUUUGGUUACGAGUUUCGCUAUGACAACAACAACGUGGACAAAGACAAACCGUUACCUGGAGGUCUUCCCCAGGUGUGUGUCCCUGUGCUGGAGAGGUGUGUGAGGGACAGACACACAGAAGUCAUGCCAGACCAGCUGACUGUGAACCAGUACCAGUCUGGACAAGGUAUUCCUCCUCAUGUGGACACUCACUCUGCCUUUGAAGACCUCAUCCUCUCCCUAAGCCUGGGGGCUAAGACGGUGAUGGAUUUUCGUCAUCCUGAAGGCCGCUCGGUUGCUGUAGUGUUGCCACGGCGCAGUCUCCUGGUGAUGAAGGGAGAGAGCAGAUACCUAUGGACACACGGGAUAACCCCCAGGAAGUUUGAUGUGGUGCCAGCCUGUGACCCAAAAUCCCCUGCUGCAGUGACCUCUGACCUCAGUAACCAUAGUAAUCUCACCCUAAGUAGGAGGGGCACCAGGACCUCUCUCACCUUCCGUAAGGUGCGCCGCACACCAUGUGACUGUGGUUACCCCUCGGCCUGUGACAGCCAGCAGCCUCCUGCCCCUCCCUCGCCCCCCUUCCUCCCUCGCAGCCAGACUGACGCCUGCCGUCUGGAGGCGGAGUUUGUGCACCGCGUGUACGAGGAGAUCGCUUGUCACUUCAGCAGCACUCGACACUCUCCCUGGCCACGCGUGUGUCACUUCCUGUCUUCCCUAGAACCAGGAAGCAUUCUCGCUGAUGUGGGCUGUGGGAAUGGAAAGUACCUGGGCGUCAACCCGGAUGUGAUUGCGGUGGGCUGUGACCGUAGCAGUGCUCUGGUCCAGAUCUGCUCUGAAAGAGGCUUCCAGGCCUUUGUGUCAGAUGCCCUCAAUGUACCUCUACGCAGUGACACCUGUGAUGCCUGCAUCUCUAUUGCGGUCAUACACCACCUCUCCACACAGAAGCGGAGGCAGGCUGUGGUUGAGGAACUUGCGCGACUGCUGAGGCCUGGAGGACGGGCGCUGAUCUAUGUGUGGGCUGUGGAACAGGAAUAUAACAAGCAGAAGUCCAAAUAUCUCAAAGAGACCAGACAACAGGGUCCUACAGGCGACAACACAGCACAGGAUCUUUCAGGCAUCGCCACGGACGCCCACAACACAGCACAGGAUCUUUCAGCCAUCGCCACGGACGCCCACAACACAGCACAGGAUCUUUCAGGCAUAGCCACGGACUGCACCAAGGUCCACCGUGAGACAGAGAGUCCAGCAAAACUGAGCGUUCACACCAACCGCACUGCCUUCAACUCCCAGGACCUUCUGGUUCCCUGGCACCUCAAGGGUGGAAGGAGAGGAGGGUGUAACCAGGGGAGGGGAGGGGAUGAGCAGGGGGAACAAGGCUCCAAAAAUACUUUAGACCCCCCCACUGAAGCCCAGGCCCCUGCUCCCAGCCCAGUGUUUCACCGCUACUACCAUGUGUUCCAGAAGGGGGAGCUAGAGGAGCUGUGUGUCAGGGUUAGAGGGGUGGCCAUACAGAGAAGCUACCACGACCAGGGGAACUGGUGUGUCAUACUGAAGAAGACUGGAGACAGAUAAACCACACUUUCACAUUUAGGUAAAUGUGCUCCUGAACUGAUAAACAUUGAAUUCGGAAAUAAAUGAGCUUUUCGCUUCAUCAGAUAAAGAUGGAGACAAUUAUACAAACCAAUUAGCUGUUUUAUUAUCUCAGAUUUAUUGUAAAUAAUAAAGAUUGAAAAACAAAAUGUCCUUCAAAUUAAUGAGGAAAAA